CUAUCAUAGGGCCGGCGAGUGUCGCUGUGUUUAAGAUUUUAAAAUCCUUACAUUUUAAUAUUACAUAAACGUAUUGUCACGACGACCUUCCAACAUACAACAAUGUAUUAACAUAUAUAGAGUAUAAAUAAUGUGAUUUAAGAAUGCGAAAUUUGGUUAAAGGUAAACUGAGCUGAUGAAAUUACUUGACACGUGUAGUUGUUGGGACUCCCUGUUACAGCAGCUGUAAUUUUUGGAUUGCCUUUGUGUCACAAGUAACGUGUGUCCGUGUGUGGGGUAAACUUCGCAUCCCGCGCAGAGGGAGAACACAAACGUAAUAAAACGCCAUUAAGUGAGGCUGGCAAUGCAGGGGAGAUGAAGGGAGGUUUCAGUUCCGCGUGGCUGUUUUCUAAGUAUUAUUUGUGAAUGCUUAUUCACCAUUGCUAUACCACGUUAGAAAAUUGACUUCCCUGCAUUUUCUUAACGCAAGACUAAACGUGAGAGUAUAUGUGUACAUUUGUUUGAAGUACUCGCCCAGAGGACUACUGAGACACAGACAUCAACUAGUCCUCAUCAGAUUUAAUUUGCAGCGGGUGAGAGUGAGUUUCUAACCCUGCGUUUGUGGUACCACCAGUCGAGUCGCUGACACUGCAGCAGAACUAAUAGUCUUCAUGUAUCUUCCAGUUAAUUUAGUAGACAACAUUUUGAAUGUACCACAGCACUUGGGGGAACAGUAUUUUGCCUGUAACGGCUACUGGGAUAAGGUACUUGGUGAAGACUGAGACAGGUAACUGGGAGCAAAUGCCCAAACCCUUGCUUCUGCGUUGUUAAUGCUCCAGUACUUGUUUGAGGCUGUUGUGUGUGUUUUGAAUUUAGUUUUCUUCAAAAGAGUAACAUUCAACGACUCAUGUUUGCUUAGUUAAUAUGUAUCAGAGUAUAACCCGUUAUACAGUAGGUAAACUUUAUGGAGGAAGCACUGUAUCUCUGUCGCCAUCUCCUACAACUACCUAUACACAGAAACAACCAGCCAUUGUCAGGAAAGACAAAAAAAAGGGUACGUGGAAGUUCUCUCUUGACCUCACGCACCCUGUGGAAGAUGGCAUCCUUGACUCUGGAAACUUUGAGACGUUUCUUAAGGAGAAGGUCAAGGUAAAUGGCAAGACUGGAAACCUGGGCAAUGUAGUUCAAAUCGCCCGUCUGAAGAACAAGAUCAGCGUCACGUCAGAAAAGCAGUUCUCCAAGAGAUACCUGAAGUACCUCACCAAAAAGUACCUUAAGAAGAACAACCUGCGAGACUGGCUGCGAGUGGUGUCUUCAGACAAGGAGAGUUACGAGCUGCGCUACUUCCAGAUCAGCCAGGAUGAGGAGGACUCUGAGACUGAAGAGUGAAGUGCUGUCAGCCGCUAAGCCUAUAUAAAUAUGUGUACAAAGUGACUGCACCAUCUCUAUUUAUACAG